AUGAAAGAAAAAAAAGUGACCAAACUCAAUGGAGAAACAUCUGCUGGGAAUGUUAUUCCACUUGAUAAUGAUAUUGUCACUGAUACAUCUCUUUUGUGGGGAUUUCCGUUUACAUUGAGUUGCAAUUGCUCUCAAUCAAUCUUAUAUUCUGAAAGAAUUGGUGAACAUGGUUUAUUGAAAGAAGCAGGCCAUUUACAAGUUAUCAAGAAAACAAUGCAUAAAAACAAAAAUCUCAUUCAGGUGAUCGACAAGAUUGGAACAUACAUCAAAGAUUUUAAUUGCUCCUGGUUAGUUGUGAAAGCAUUGGAACUUGCCAAUGAUGAGAAAAAAAUGUCCUACAAGAGAAAUAUAACAAAAAGGUUAUUUCUUUUAUUGCAAAGUGAUGGAACUGUAUCACACUUUCCAUCUUCAAGUUUGAGAAAUAUAACAAAAAGGUUAUUUCUUUUAUUGCAAAGUGAUGGAACUGUAUCACACUCUCCAUCUUCAAGUUUGUGUAUUUGA